AUGGCGAUGGACAUGGAACUUUGUCCUCAGGUCAACAGGUUCAGCCUGGCGUUCCCCGAAGGACCGUUUACCUUCAACAUCUCGCUCAAUAAAUCCGCCACAGGCUCCAGAUUAGGCGACGUUCUAACUCCAAUCGAAGACGAAACAAUCAGCACAAUUAAGACAACUAUAAUCAUAACUACUUCAUCGUCUUCAUCGUCGGCAUCAUCAUCAUCAUCAUCGUUUUCUUCUUCUUUUUCAUCGCCACCGUCAUCAACAGAAUCUGAACAUCGAGUCGCACCAAUCGAACGACUUCCUUCUGAGCUGCACACACAAAUAGCAAGCUACUUGACCCUCCCAUCCCUAAUCGUCAACCUCGCCUGGACAUCUCGACGACUCUAUUCCUCUCUGGGACCGACCAAUUGCCUUCUCUGGUACAAGAUACUAUAUCGUCGACUCGCGGAUAUUCCUUGUAAUCUAAGUUGUCCACUUGUUCCGCGAUUUUCCAAUAAUGUGGAUUAUUACCAGAGAUGUUUGGCGAUUAUGUGUAAUCGAUCCGGGGAGAAGGCUUGUCAGAGGUGUUUAUUGGUUGAUGAUGGGGUUGUCGGCGGCGGUACUGGAGCUCCGGGGGUAGUUGGUGGUGGGGGAGGAGGGAAGAAUGAGGAGAAAGGAGUACAGUUGGUGGAUAUUUAUGUUGCUGGAGUUUAUGGUGGUACUUGGUGCUGGGAAUGUGCCAAGCAGGUUUAUGAAUCGACUGCAAUAAUCAACCUACGAACUCCCCUUCCCUCGAUCCCGGAGACCCUGUUAACAACAAUCUAUCUAAACCCUUCCAGCACUCCAAAGCCUGGGUUCUUUGUGUCUCGCACCGCUAUUGCCGAGGCGAUAAAAGAGCAAUGCCCAAAUGGAGGGUAUACUCCUCUCAACAUCUCUUGGCACGCUGAACCGGAUAUUCGAGAAGCAAAGCCUUAUGUCAUCAGAAACAUAAUGAUACUCUACAAAAAAUGGUAUCAGCACCUUCAUAUCCUAUGCAGUCCUAAGGAGCUCGGGAUGGAAAUGAAGAAGUCUUUUGACAUCAAGAAAUUCAAAAUGAAUGCGGAUAGCUGUGUUCAGAACGACCUGAUCGACGCCGUGUUUGGUGUUGCGGGGAAAUAUCUAGCCUCUAAGGAGAUAGAAGAUGAAGAAAAAAGAGAAGAAGAGAGGAUUGAGGCCUGUAAGAAGUUUUUGUCAAUGUUCUUUGGAGUGCCCAAUACCACCAAAGCUGUCGAAUUCAAGAUGGCAGUACCAACCACAAGAUUUUUAGCAUUCAUUGCCAAAAGGUUCUGGAUCGCUAAGAUGAAGGAAGUAAGAAAGGGUAGUAUCCUAGACUUGAAUGGUAAGAACUGUGUGGAUGAUAAACCGAAGAGAAGGUGUGGAUAUUGCGUUUUGAAAGCAGAAGAGGAGGGCGACCUUGUCACGCAAACAUAUUCGCCGAUCUUACUUGUUUGCCACAUGUUAUCUGAGCAUUCUAAGAGGAUGUUAGAGAAUUGGCCCGAAGUGCCCAAUUUGAAGAAGGUUCAAGCGAUUAUGGAGAAGAAAGUUGAGGAGAAUAAAGUUGAGGAGACGAAAAUUAUCAAAAGAAAGCUUGCAAGGGAGAAGAAAAAAGGUACGCUGGAGAACGAAACGCAAAAAAGCGGGUUCGAUGGAGAAUCAAUUGAAGAUAUUAGAUUCUUGUUCGAAUCCAAUCUAGGCGUUGACAUCGACACGGAUGCCGACGAUGCCGACGCCGAGGGUGAGGAAGAUGACAUUGUGACCAACGGAGUCGGACAACUUACUAUUUCGGACCAAACAGGGACUGAUAACCAUCCCAUCAUCUUUGAACAAACUGAUUAA